UCGCAAUAAAACAAGAUAAAACAAGAUGGCGUACAUUGUUCAAAGUUUACAGUGGUAUUGAAUGGAUUUUAGUUUAUAAAAACUUAAAAUUAGUGCGUGUGUUUUUUUUAUUUAACUUCUGUUUCUACCUAAAUUCAGAAACUUUAAAUAGUCACUGUAUAUAAUUUAGGAAAGUGAUUGGUGAAAUUGUCUAAUAAUUGUACCAUGAGUAAUUACGAAGAUGAUCAAAGUGAAGAUGGUGAAUUAGCACGUAGUCCUGUUCAAGACGAAAUGGAUUUCAGUUUAUCUGAUGAAGAUCGUGACAAUGCGGAUUCCCUUGUUAUUAAACCACCGCAAGCCGUGAUUCGUGCUCAUCGUGACAAAAGAGGUCAUAAGCGUGCUGCAAAAGACAGAUACAAGGAAACUGCUCGAAAGGAAAAGAAACAUCUUUACAGGGAACGCGAUAAGUCUGAUAAACCGAAACGUGAGUUUAAUAAAAAUUUAGAACGUGAAGAAAUGCCAAAAGAUUAUUAUAGAGAUAAACAAUACUAUCGAGAAAAAGAACUGUACAGGGAAAAAGAUGUGCGGGAGAAAGAAAUGUACAGAGAGAGAGAUGUUAGGGAAAAGGAAAUGUACAGAGAAAAAGAUGUGUACAGAGAAAAGGACCCCUAUAGGGAAAGGGAACAUUAUAGAGAACGUGAAAUGUACAGAGAUAAUACUGCCUUCAGGGAAAGUGGGAGACCUAAAGAAGUUUAUAGAGAAAAGGAAGUUUAUAAGGAAAAAGAUGUUCAAAGAGAACGUGAAAUGUAUGUAAGUCGAGAUCGCCAGUAUAAAUAUUCAGAGCCUGAACGAAAGCGAAUAGAAACUGAAAGAAUAGAAACAAGAUUACGAUUGUUAUCUGAGGAAGGUAGAAGUAAUCAAACUAAUGAAAAGGAAAAUAGAGAUAAAACAUCCGGUGAUAAGGAACUAGAAGAUCUUAGAAGUAGGUUACUAAGUAAAAGAAUAUCUAAAGAACUUCUAAAUCAGGAACCAGGAAAAAAACAAUCUGAAUAUGAAAAUAGGGAUACCAAGAAAGCUGCACAUAAUGAAAGGGAAAGGGACAGAAAUUCAGAACGAAAUUCAACGUUAGAUAAACAUCAACAAGAGAGAAGAAAGAGAUUAUUAGAAGCAGAACGAGAAAUGGUCAAAAGAAAACAUGAAUCCAGAGUUGAGCUUGAGGCCAGACGGGAAGAGCGCCGACGUCGUGGCAGGAAGCGAUCAGUUUCCCCUCAAGCAGUAUCAACCAAAAAGAAUAAAACUCAACACUCGCCAAAUUAUGGUGAAUCAGUUGUAACUGUCUCUGAUGCAAGUGAUGUAGAAAUGAAAAGCGACUCCCUACACUCAGAACCGGAGGAAGGUGAACAUUCCCACACUGACACUGGUAAUGAGAGUUCAGUGUCAGAUUCAGAUUCAGACAGAGAUUCCAAGUCAGAAGAUGAAAACAAGGAAGUGAAAUCAGAGAAAGAAGAAGAAAAAGAGUGUAUUAUUGAAAAAGCAAAGUCCAAGUCAAAAUCACCUAUAUCACCAAAAUCGGAUCAUGGCAGCCUUUCAUCUCAUAGAUCAGCUAGGUCACAUUCAAGAUCCAAAAGUAGAAGUCGAUCACAUUCAUUUUCACCACCACCACCUGGUGUAAAUGGCAAAGUUAGCACAGAAGAAGAAGAAAAGCCUCAACAAGAUGAUGAGGAAAUAAGGUUAAGAGAAGAGGCUAUCAAUGCUUUACCACCAUACUUUCCAGCACUGCAGGGCUGUCGAUCUGUUGAGGAGUUUCAAUGUCUCAAUAGAAUAGAGGAAGGCACAUAUGGAGUUGUUUACAGAGCUCGUGACAAAACAACAGAAGAGAUUGUUGCUCUGAAAAGACUUAAAAUGGAGAAGGAAAAGGAAGGAUUUCCCAUUACCUCACUGAGGGAAAUCAAUACAUUGCUUAAGGGACAACAUCCAAAUAUAGUAACGGUGCGAGAGAUCGUUGUCGGGUCCAACAUGGACAAGAUAUUCAUUGUAAUGGAUUACGUCGAGCACGAUCUUAAGAGUCUUAUGGAAACUAUGAGAGCAAAGAAACAAGUCUUUCUGCCAGGGGAGGUUAAAUGUUUAAUGACACAGUUGUUAAAAGCUGUACAUCACUUGCACGAUAAUUGGAUAUUACACAGAGAUCUCAAAACGAGUAAUCUUUUACUAUCCCACAAAGGAGUUUUAAAGGUUGGAGACUUUGGUCUAGCGAGAGAGUACGGUUCUCCACUUCGUCAAUACACCCCUAUAGUGGUGACGUUGUGGUACCGUGCCCCAGAACUGCUGCUGUGCUGCAAGGAAUACUCAACUCCCAUUGAUAUGUGGAGCGUUGGUUGCAUUUUUGCAGAGUUCAUUACGAUGAACCCUCUCUUUCCGGGAAAGUCUGAAGUUGAUCAGUUAAAUAGGAUUUUCAAGGACUUAGGUACUCCAUCAGAGCUAUUAUGGCCUGGAUACAAGGAGUUACCAGCCGUUCAAAAGAUGACGUUUGCGGAACACCCCACCGGCGGUAUGCGACAGCGCAUCGGCUCAGACUUGCUGUCAGAAGCAGGGCAUUCGUUGUUACAAGGAUUCCUAACCUACAACCCUGCUAGGCGGUUAACAGCUGAUUCUGCCCUGGAGCACGCAUAUUUUAAGGAGCAACCAGUGGCCAUUGAGCCUGCGAUGUUCCCAACAUGGCCCGCUAAGUCGGAGGGAGGUCGCCGCACUACGCACAGUCCUAAGCCACCGGCAGGCGGGGCCGCGUACGCACAGUACGCGCGCGGAGACUCUGACGAGGCUCUAGGUUUCCACGUGCAGAGCCGCUCACUUAACAUCGCCCCAGGAUUCUCACUCAAGUUUUAACCCACCUUUAAUACUAAUCUAUGGAAAUAGCUUCAAAUAGUCAAUGAUAAUAAUCAUUCCAAGGAAAUUUUGUUGACUGAUGUGACAUUUUUAGAUAAGUCAGAACCUUACCAUGCCUCGCUUUCACGUGGCAGUAUAUCAACACUUAUGGAAUCAUAAUACUAAAUUGAUAAAAUAAUUGUACGCUAUACCUAAAACCAACUAACAAUGCUACCUAACUUGAUUUAGAUUCAGAUAUAAUGGACUUUAUAACAAUACAAUAGUAAUAUUUUUGUAAUACUUAGGAUUUAAGAUAUUAUUAUAAUGUAUAUUAUCAUUGACUGCCAGA